AUGGCGAGACCCUUGCUCUGGCUCGUGCUCUUGUGCGCCGCCCUGGCGUUCUCCACCUGCGCGGCAGGCCUCCGGCUGGAGCUCACCCACGUCGACGCGAAGGAGAACUGCACCACCAAGGAGCGCAUGCGCCGAGCCACCGAGCGCACCCACCGCCGUCUGGCGUCCAUGGCGGGCGGCGAGGUGAGCGCGCCCGUCCACUGGAAUAAGUCACAGUACAUCGCCGAGUACCUCAUCGGUGACCCGCCGCAGCAGGCGGCGGCCAUCAUCGAUACCGGCAGCAACCUCAUCUGGACGCAGUGCUCGACCUGCCGGGCGGCCGGCUGCUUCAGCCAGAACCUCUCCUUCUACGACCCGUCCCGGUCGCGCACGGCCAAGCCCGUGGCGUGCAACGACACGGCGUGCGCGCUCGGCUCCGAGACCCGGUGCGCGCGCGACAACAAGGCGUGCGCCGUGCUCACCGCCUACGGCGCCGGGGUCAUCGGCGGGGUGCUCGGCACCGAGGUGUUCACGUUCGGCCAGUCGGAGAACGUGAACCUCGCCUUCGGGUGCAUCACCGCGAGCAGGCUCACGCCGGGCUCCCUGGACGGCGCGUCCGGCAUCAUCGGGCUGGGCAGGGGCAAGCUGUCGCUGCCGUCGCAGCUCGGCGACAACAGGUUCUCCUACUGCCUCACGCCUUACUUCAGCGACGCCACGAACACGAGCCGCCUGUUCGUAGGCGAGUCCGCCGGCCUGAGCAGCGGCCCGCCGGUGACGUCCGUGCCAUUCCUCAAGAACCCCGACGUGUACCCGUUCAACACGUUCUACUACCUUCCCCUCACCGGGAUCACGGUGGGGACAGCCAAGCUAGCCGUCCCCGCGGCCGCGUUCGACCUCCGGGAGGUCGCGCCGGCGAACUGGGCCGGCACGCUCAUUGACUCGGGCUCCCCGUUCACGAGCCUCGUCGACGUGGCGUACCAGGCGCUGAGAGAUGAGCUCGUGCGGCAGCUGGGCGCCAGCGUCGUGCCGCCGCCGGCAGAGGCGGAAGGGCUCGACCUGUGCGUGGGCGCGGCGCACGGGGACGCCGGCAAGCUGGUACCCCCGCUGGUCCUGCACUUCGGAAGCGGCAGCGGCAGCGGCAGCGGCGGCAGGGACGUCGUGGUGCCGCCGGAAAACUACUGGGCGCCCGUGGACGACACCACGGCGUGCUUGGUGGUGUUUAGCACGGGAGGGCCGAACAGCAUGCUGCCGCAGAACGAGACGACCAUCAUCGGCAACUACAUGCAGCAGGACAUGCAGCUGCUCUACGACCUCCAACAAGGCGUGCUCUCCAUCCAGCCGGCGGACUGCAGCUCCGUGUGA